GCCACCUAGCGGUGAAAGGUCAUCGUAUACGCCAUCUUGUUCGCCGGCCGGGUAAUUUUUUGGUUGGAGACGUUGAGAUUGUUCGGGAAAUCUCGAAAUGGCAGCACGGAGAGUGGGCCAGAGGGCCAUUGAUUGGGUUGCCUUUGCGGAGAGGGUACCUCCGAAUCAGAAAUCACAGUUCAAUGCUCUGAAAUCAAAAGCUGAUGGAUUGUCAUCAAGGCUAGCAUCCAUGCCUGAACAGCCCAAAGCUAUAGACUGGGCUUACUACAAGAAAGUAGUCCCUGCUGCUGGACUUGUAGACAAGUUUCAAAAACAGUUUGAUGAGCUGAAGGUACCCUUCCCGAUGGACACAGCUUCUGCCAAGAUUGAGCAGCAGUCUAAGGAAAUGGACACUAUGACAGCUGAGUUCAAGAAGGGAUCAGACCAGCGCAUUGCGCAGUAUGAUAAAGAGAUCACCAAACUCAAGAACAUGACCCCCUUCGAGGAAAUGACAGUGGAGGAGAUGGAAGAGGCCUUCCCUCACAUGGAAGAGCAGAAGAAGAAGUACCCGUGGUGGCCCCACUACCCAGUGUGGGAGGGCUAGACCGCCGGUGCUGACACACUCCCUCCCUCCCUCAGGGUCAUGGGUUCUAGGCUUCCAGGGGAUAGUCAAACAGUGAUUUAGUAUUUGGUGAAAACAGUGCUUGUCGAGUCCGAUAGGAAAGACUGAAUUAAUUUGUACAAGUUCCUCUUGAAACAUUUCAAAACCUGAGCAGAUUGUUCUCGAGGUUGGCUUAUUCUGUUCUCAUGUGGAAAAACGCAGGAGCACUGUUUCCAGGCAGCAUUUACACAUGCAUGAACUCUUCUGCAUUGCAGUCAAGAACGCGUCUCCAUCAGCUUUCUAAAUGGAACACAAGCAUUUGGGGUUUUGUCAUUUUAAUUUAUAAAUGCAUGCUUUGAGUAUUUCACAUGAUAGCUGUUUACCUUUCAAAUUAAUAUUACACUUUCUCCUAACCAUAAUCCCUAACUCCGCACAUUUCAGGACCAGAUCUACACAUCUCAGAGAUACUUGGUUACAAACUUCACAGUGACAAACUUUUCCCUUUACAGUAUAUUUGAUGGGCAUAUAUUUGUUUCCCAGUAUGUCAAAUUGGUUUUCUCGUCCAGAAAUGAGACCCUGUGAGCAGAACCUUUGUUCUUUUAUUAGAAUUUGAGUGAGUUUCCUCGAGUGAGUUUUCAGUGAUCUCAUACAGUGAUUUACUAAGACUGCAUGUGUGUAACAUUGAUGGUUCCAAGUUGCGACCUAUAAAAUAGCCACCAAUACCCAAAAUGGCAUGACAAACAUAGCGAGUUGCGUGCUGUCCCAUGGUGUGACAAACAGGGAGAAAACUUCACAGAUGGCAUGGGCAGGUCAGUAAAAUGGACUUUAUUUGUAUUGGUGUGAAUAAAGGAGCAAUGAAAUGUUUGAAUUGAAACAAUA